CGGGUUCGCGAAGGCAGCUCAGCGUCGGAUGUCCACAACACCAGACAGCUGUUGUCAAAGGGUUGGUGUCCAGGACGAUGGCGGGGGAGACGGAUGACGAGAUACCCGAAUCAGGUGCCAUAUUCACGUUUGGAAAAAGCAAGUUUGCAGAUAACAUUCCCAGUAAAUUCUGGAUGAAAAAUGACAAACCUGUGCAGAUAUCGUGUGGCGAUGAACAUACAGCACUGAUAACAGACACCGGCAAGCUGUACAUGUUUGGCAGCAAUAACUGGGGUCAGCUGGGCUUGGGAACUAAGAGUACAACAUUCAGACCAACUUGUGUCAAAGCUCUGAAGUCUGAGAGGGUGAAGCUUGCGGCUUGUGGCCGGAAUCACACAAUUGUCUGCACAUCACGGGGAAACAUGUAUGCUGCUGGCGGGAACAGCGAGGGCCAGCUGGGCCUGGGUGACUGUGAUGAGCGGACCUCCUUCCAGCUGCUGAACCCCUUUGCCGGCACCGCUCCGAUCCAGAUGCUCGCUGCUGGUUCCAACACCUCCGCAGCCCUCACUGAGGAUGGGAGGCUGUACAUGUGGGGGGACAACUCUGAGGGCCAAAUCGGCCUGGGGGACAAGACCAAUACGCUGGAGCCCCAGAAGGUCUCAGUGGGGAGAUCCGUGUCUUGGGUCUCUUGUGGAUACUAUCACUCGGCUCUUAUCACUGUUGACGGGGAACUGUUCACAUUUGGCGAGUCUGACAGUGGGAAGCUGGGAUUGCCUCCUGAGCUGCUAGACAACCAUAGGAUACCCCAGAUGGUGCAGGGCAUCCCAGAGAGGGUCAUCCAGGUGGCCUGCGGAGGGGGACACACCGUAGUGCUCACGGCGGACGACCUGUACACGUUUGGGCUGGGCCAGUUCGGACAGCUGGGACACGGCACCCUUGUCUGUGAGUCCCAGCUCCCCAGAGCGGUGGAGCACUUCCAGAAGAGGAAGGUCAGUCAAGUUACGUGCGGCGAGAAUCACACGGCCGUCAUCACGGACAAUGGGCUCCUGUACACCUUUGGGGACGGACGGCACGGCAAGUUGGGCCUGGGAGAGGAGAACUUCACCAACCAGUUCAAGCCGACAUUGUGCCCACGAUUUCUCAAGUACCAUGUCCAGUCGGUAGCAUGUGGAGGGUGCCACAUGCUGGUACUGGCGAAGCGCAGGUCCGAGGGAGUCCGUGAGCUGUGCCUGGAAGAAGACGAUGUCACAGAGGAGUUCCUGGGGAUGUCCUACACAGAGCUCCUGGGGGAAUCCUCUCGGCCCAGCUUAUCAAGGAGCCUCUCCGCUCGGGUCAGACGCAGAGAGCGGGAACGCUCCCCGGAGCAGUUUGGUUUAAAAUUCCACACCCUGCCCCCCCUGAAGUCAGGCUGCCUCACUGCAUCCUUGCCCAUGGCCAGCCACACGGUGCCCGGUCCGGGCUCCCACAGGGACGUGCCCGAUGGGCGAGAGCGAAGCGGGCAGCAUCACCAGGCCGUGCCACAUGAGACAGCUGCAGGAAACACAGACCCUAAGGAUGUGGAGGAGCAGACCUGGGUUGAGGAGAUUAUGGAUGACAACGGGAGCGUGAAGGGGUUGGGGGACACCACUGACUUCCUGAACAUGACCCACGUGAUGAAGAUGGCCCCCGGAGGUGGGACUUUGGCCUUUUCUCCAGUUCACAAAGACCAGCCUGCUGGACACAGUGCAGCUCCGGAGAGUGAGGAAGAGGAUGAGGAAGAUGAGGGUGAGGAGGAAGAGGAAGAAGAGGAGGAGGGAGAAGAAGAGGAGGAAAAUAGUAAGGAAGAGGAAGAGCCUGAGUGCAGCCAGAGGAAAUCAGAGGAGAUAAAGGCUCUGUCCUGCCAGGGCAAUGGCUGUGCACCAGGAGACGCUCCUCAGGAACCUGAAGUUAUUAAAGAGGAAUCAGCCACAGACGGGCCACUGAAGGCAAUGCAACACAAUCCAGGUCCUCAAGUGGAGGAGAAGCCAAAAUCCUUAAACAAAUCAGAAAAUAAGACAGAUGUAGUAAAAUCCAAAUUCUUUUUUGGGUCAAACCGAAUGAUAUCGCUGUUCAAAACGUCCAUCAACGACAGAGAGCGGACGGCCAAAUGUGAAGGGCGAGGUUACACCAGUGGGUGAGGCAGAGGUGCCGCCGUCAGUGGGAAGGUCUGCGAGUGACACAAGCGAAGCGAAAGGGAGCGACCCAGGAGACAGUGUGGAUGGCAGUUCACAGCCGGAGGCCAGGGGGCAGCAGAGAGCACGGGAUCCCAACAGCAGGGCCUCGCGCUCUGCCACUUGCACUUUGGUGUAACUCCUGCAGGCGGCGCUAGUGUCUCAUUCCAGGUGCCUUUUAAGUGUGUGGAAGAAAAACACACUCAAAACGAAUACCACUAACACCUUCACUGGAUUCUCUGCAUUUGUUCGAAUACAGCUACUGUUCGCUGUCAAUCGAGAUGCUUGCCAAUCUCGCAUCCAUGACUGAAUGCAGAAACUGAGCCAUAAGUGGGAAUUUACUGGUAAUGUCACAACUAUAUGCUGUUAUCAGGGGUUAUUUUUGUCAGAAAAUGAUGAAGGUUAUUAUUGAGGGUAUAUAUGCUGAUAUGUAGCAAAUUUUGCAUAUUACACACAGUGACUUGGAGUGUAACACUCGGAAGUCUCACUUCCAACAUUGUGAGUCUGGUUCCUGGAGUUCUUGCCAGUGUGCUGUUCGGGGCGUCCUCUGCCUUGUGCUCUGCACUUCUUGGUACCUGCUCCAAUCCCAGUUAGACCCUGUACUGGAUACGCACUAAAAGUAUAUUUUAUAUAUUCAUUAUAUUUACUACUCACUUUUCUCAAAUUGUACAGCACUGCACAAGGAGAUAAUUCAUAUAAAAACAUAAAUGGAAAAAGUCUAAAAUGGAAAAAAAAGAGAAAACUGAACUACCUGGCAGCCUAAAACAUCAUCCUCAAACAACCCGAAGUACUGUAAACAUAACAUUAUGGUUCACGCUGGCACUUAAAGCCGUAUUGUUGAAUGUCCAUCUCCAGUCUGUGUCAGCAGGUCUGUACGUGCACGUGCCCGACCAAAAAUAAAUACAUCCUUUUGAUUUGGUAAGGGGGCACAGCGACUUCUGUUAAGGAGUGAAACCUCUCCAAAGUAAGCAGGUAAUGACGCUGUGCUGAAGAGACCUUUCAGGGGCACGAUGGCACAUUACUUUCUCAGAGCGCGAAGCGGCACCCUGAUUAUCUACGCCAUGUGAGUCCCUGAAAUGCACAUGAGCUCCGAUCGCUUUCAAUGUGCACGUGAGUCCAGCCUCCGCUAAGCCAUUGGCUCAAUCCAUGAGUCCUUCUUUCAACCACUGACCUUCUCCACGUUUUUAUUUAUAGAUCAACAUGAUGAACAUCCUGUCUAUUGCCGUUGUGAACUCUGGUGAUUUUUUUUCUCAAUUUUUUUUACUAAAAUAACUUUUGUGCCUUUAUUACUUUUUUAUUUCCUGUUAUUGAAUUCUCUAUUAUAUAUGUAGGGUUCAAUUUGAUAUUUUCUAUCUGUCGAUUUGUUUGUCUUGUAAGAGUGCAGACAUGUUUGUUAUGACACAACAAUCUCAAUGCACUAGUGCACUUUACAUGGGAUCGUAGCACGUUCUGUCUGUGUUUGUGACCGACCUGGUCUCAGUUUUUUACAUGUUACUGUGAGCGGUGUGAAGCUGUGCUGGAUUCCUGCGUUUGUGAACCUGUUUUUGAUAUUUGAAUCUGUUUGAAUGUUUUGAUAUCUAAUGACUGUCAUUCAUCUGGAUACUCUUAGAUUUGCAUGGCGUAAAAGUAAACUACACAAACACGGA